AUGAAGAGAAACUUUCAACCCUCGUUUGUCAUUUUGGUUAUCUUCAUUGUUCUUAUGAUAGGAGCUGUGGGAAGCAUGAGUUUUGAAAUAAAAUUAUGUUGGGCACCUCUAAAACUAAAAGACAACAAUUGUGAUUACAAUGAAUGUAGAUCCAUGUGUUUGAAAAAGAAUCCCAAAGGACAUGGUAGAUGCAUUAAAUCAUUCCAAGAACGAAUUAUUUGUUUAUGUGGUUAUCCUUGCCCAUAA